UCUAGUUGAGGAGGGGAAGUGAGCUAAGUUUGGUUGGCAUCUGCAGCCAGCCAUGUCACUUGUCCUUUCUCCAUAGAUUCCUUUAUAGCUGGUCAGGAUAACCUCCAGGAUUUGAGUCUGAAGGAAUGAAAAAUGGUCCCUUACCUCGGUGGAAAAUUGUGGGUGGGGUUGAAGACCAGAUUCUGCACUCUGCAAAAGCAGAAAAUCUUAAUUUUCCCCAAGGGAGAUGAUGUACAUGUCUGUGAGAAUUCUCAGAGCUCCAGAGCAGACAAGAUUUAAGGUUAGGGACCAGGUGGGAGUACAGCAGAACAUCUUAUCAACUGCAUUAUCUUCUCUAGUCCUGUGACCACCACAGAGACUUUGCCCCUCUUUUCCCUUGCAUUGCAGAGUGAACCUUGAGAAAAGGACACAGGAGACAAGAAACAAGGACAUGGCUGAACCGAGUAAAACCUUAAUAACAACGGCUGCUGUGCUUCUGUCUAAAAACAUUGUGGAAGUGGCAUUCAGCAGAUAUCGAAGGAGAAAGAAUGAGAAGACCAAAAAAGACAUGGAGUGUAAGAUGGAUGUAGCCUUCCAGGAGCUCAAGAAAAAAAUGGAAGCCUUGCAUGAAUUGUUCACAGAAUUGCAGGACACCAAACAGUCUGAGCUUGAAGGCCUCAGAGCACAACUAGAGAAGAACAAAGGAAACAAAGUGGAGGAAAUUGUAUGGUCCGUGAAAUCCAGGCUGAAGAAAUACCUCCGGCAGUUCUCACAUGGAAUUCGAACUCUGGAAGAAAAUAUAGAGGAUUGGUCAGAGACCACAGAGUAUGAGCUUCAGCGUCUUAGAGCAGAGCUGCAGAAGACUCAAGGAAUAGAAGAGGUCGAAAUUCUAUGGUCCCUGAAAUCCAGGUUGAAGAAAUACCUCCGGCAGCUCUCACAUGGAAUUCAGACUCUGAAAGAAAAUGUAGAGGAUUGGUCAGAGACCAUAGAGUAUGAGCUUCAGUGUCUCAGAUCAGAGUUGGAGAAGAACAAAGGAAAGAAGGAGGAUGAAAGUUCAAAUUUCUGCAUGGAGACAAAAGUUCCGCAGCUCUCCUAUAGAAUUCAAACUCUGGAUCCAGAGUUACAGGAGAGGUGGGAGUUCCCAAAUCAUGAGCUUCAGUUUGUCACAGCAGGCCUGGAGAACAGCCAAGAUUAAGGACCUGGGGGAAGCACCAGGGGCCUCCACAGGGGACCCACCCCACCAAGACCAGCCCUACACAUCUCCUUUUCUCCCAACGUCAGCGGAGACGGAGCGGUGGAGCACAGUGACGAC